AUGCUGACCUCAAACUGGGGCUCUGGAGCUGAGGUCGCCACAUUGACCUCAGACGAGUGUUCAGCUGUGUACAUAUCAAUCAUUGUAUUUAAUACUGCUGUAAUUUUUGUCAUAUUCAUGAACAAACGUCUCCAUGAGCCUAUGUACAUUUUCAUUGCUGCUUUGCUUUUAUCCCAGCUUCCAUUGUGUAAAUUUAAAAUGAAUAGAAUAUACUGUGAUGGUUACUCAAUUGUCAAAUUAAGUUGUACAGGAACAUCUGUUAUUAACCUUUUUGGACUUGCUAUUUUCAGCAUUGCUAUAUUUCCUCCAGUGAUCUUCAUAAUCUACUCAUACACGAGGAUACUUGCUGUGUGUUUAAAGAAUUCGAAAGAUUUCAGAAGAAAAGCUCUGCAGACCUUUGAAUAUUUAUUAAUUCCUUCUUUAUUCAAUCCCAUAAUAUAUGGAUUAAAACUGCAGGAGAUUUUGAAAAGCAUCAAGAGGCUGAUUUCAUGGAAGAAGAGAGCUGAGAUUUAUUUUUAG